AUAGUUUAGUGACAUUGGUGGCUGUUGUUGAGUUGAGUUGUGUGGUAAAUUUUUAAUUUUUUAUUUAUCGUCCGCUACGUGGUUGGAACCCGUCGGACACUUCUUGUGCAUGUUCGCUCCACGUUCGGCAGUCAGUUCGAGCUGAUCGUUUUUUGUUUUACCUGACCCAGGUGCGGAGGACGAACCAUGUCGCAUCACAGCGAUGACAACAUGCUGAUCGCCACGAGCGACUCCUUCUGGGAGCCCGGCAACUACAAGAAAACCACGAAACGCAUCGAAGACGGAUACAAACUCUGCACCGAACUGAUCACAUUAGUCAACGAACGAGCCGAAAUCGAAAAAGCGUACGCGAAAAACCUGAAGACAUGGUCAAAGAAGUGGAACGAUUCGAUCGAGAAGGGCCCGGAGUACGGCACCACGGAGGCGGCGUGGAAAGGGGUGCUGGUGGAGGCAGACAGGCGCUGCGACCUGCACACCAAAAUCAGGGAUUGUCUAGUGAACGAUGUGAUAAACAAGAUCAAGACGUGGCAAAAGGACGCGUACCAUAAGUCCAUGAUGAACAUCAAAGAAAAGAAGGAUAUGGAUGACGCUUUCAAGAAGGCCCAAAAGCCCUGGUCUAAGCUGCUGCAGAAAGUCGAGAAGGCCAAGAACGACUAUCACACGGCCUGCAAAACGGAGAAGUCGGCGGCCAAUCAGGAGAGGAAUGCCGCUGGAGAUAGUUCGUUCUCGGUAGAUCAGGUGAAGAAAAUGCAAGACCGCGUGCAAAAAUCAAAAGAAGAAGUCCAGAAAUGCAAAGAGAAAUACGAAGCGGCCCUGCAAGAAAUCAACCAGUACAACCCUAAAUACAUGGAAGAUAUGACGGUGGUAUUUGAUAAAUGCCAGGAGAUGGAAGCACAAAGGCUGAACUUCAUCAAAGGGACCCUUUUCGACAUUCACAAAUACCUGAAUAUUUCGCAAGAUCCGACGUUACAACAAAUAUACGAGGAACUUUACCACACAAUCAACAACGCCGACUUCGAAAAGGACCUGAAAUGGUGGUCAAACAACCACGGCGUCAACAUGGCGAUGAACUGGCCGCAGUUCGAGGAUUACACCGAGGAGUUCAGAGAUAUAAGUAAAGGGAAAUCAAAGGACUCUGCAACUUCCGGAAUCACGUUGAUUAACCAGAGGCCCGUCGGAGAAGACUUGCAUGAAUAUUCAGCCAACAGUAAGUCUUUGAAGGCCAAAACUACAGUAACCGCCGUAAAAGUGAACAACACGCCUCCUGUACAGAAAAAGGAGGUGAAACCGGCGGUUGUUGAAAAGGUUGAAAGUCCCGCCAAUCGAGCUUCGACAAUAACGAAUGGAUCUAGUACAAAAGGUGAGACCAAUCCUUUUGAUGAAGAGGAAUGGGAUGAGAGUGACGCGCUGGUGGACAAUGGGGAACCAGGUGUUCCAGUAAAAGCGCUUUAUGACUAUGAAGGGGCCGAAAACGACGAACUCAGCUUCAAAACCGGGGACGUUUUUGAGAAGUUGGAAGACGAGGAUGAACAAGGAUGGUGUAAAGGUCGGAAAGACGGCAGGGUCGGUUUAUAUCCCGCUAAUUACGUUGAAGUGGUGCCACAUUGAUAAAACAGUGUCAAAAACAUGUUAAAUUUUGUUGUUAUUUUUUGAAAAUAUAUACGAGAGCUAUUGCUCAUUAUUGAAGUAAA